AUGAUAAAAGCGGCGGAUACCCGUCAUAUCGGGCGCUUCAAAUCGGAUUUGGGGCUUACAGAAAGCAAUGAGCCUAUUAACAUUCUUUAUGUUACCGCUCAUCCAGACGACGAGACAAUGUUUUUCUCGCCGUCUAUAUUGACGCUUCAGACGUUUCAAUGGUAUCCAGACAUCGACAGUUGCUCUGGAAGCCAAUGGGACCCCGAGCAGGUUGCUAGACAUAUUUCUGAGUCGGUUGACAAGUGGGACAUUAAUGUUUUGAUCACGUUUGACUCAUAUGGCGUGUCCGGCCAUUCGAAUCACAUUUCCUGUUAUUUAGGCGUUGAGCAUUAUUUGAAACAUUUUUCAAGAAGGCGAUUGGUAGCGUAUCGGUUGAAGUCAGUUAGUCUUUUGCAGAAGUACUGCUGGCCGCUGGGCCUUCGUCUUUUCAAUCCAUUUCAGAAGCGCGAACAGAAUGAGCACAGUUCACCGUCUAUCAAGUUUUUUAACCCGAAGCCUUCGGCGACGCUCUAUGCGAUGGAACUACACGAAAGUCAGUUGGUUUGGUUCAGGCGCAUUUACAUGUCCCUUUCGCAAUAUGUGCAUUGGAAUGAGCUCGAGAAGAUAGAGGGCUGUUAG